AUGACCGAAUCAGACGCCUUCAAUCUCUCCACCUACCCGGUGUGUGUCGAUGUGGAUGUGUCCGAUCCCAUCACCAUUCUAACUCGUUACGUAGUUCCCGUCCUCUUUGGCAUAGUUGACAUCAUCGGCUUCUCCGGCAACCUCCUUGUCAUCAUCGUGAUAACAGGCUUCGCGACAAUGCGAAAUAGCGCCAACAUUCUCAUUGUCUCCUUGGCUAUGGCGGACCUCUCCUUCAUUAUCUUCUGUGUGCCCUUCACUGCUAUGGUCUAUGUGACAGGCAAUUGGCCCCUACCCGAGAUGCUGUGUAAACUCUACCUCUUUACUACCUACUUCUCUGUCUACUGCAGUGUAUAUACCCUUGUGUUGAUGUGUUUGGAUCGGUUUCUAGCUGUGGUUUAUCCCCUUCAAAGUAGGCUAUGGCGAACCACGAGGAAUACAGUGAUUACCGUCAUUAUCAUGUGGAUCAUUGUCACCGGUGCAACUCUACCCAUUUCCAUCACCUCAAGAAUUAUCUACGCCAUUGACAUGGACAAUGUGACAAGCUGCCAACGACCGAUAUGUCACAAUGGGUGGAUAUUUGAGGUCACACCUGAGGGGGUUGUCACGGGGAUGAAUCAGUAUCACAGCCGGAUAUUUUAUGGUGUCUUCUUUGCCCUGGGAUACGCAUUCCCCUUAACUAUGAUCUGCAUCUUCUACAGCAUCCUCCUUCGAGAACUCCUUUGUGGACGCGUCUCCAAGAUGUCCAAGUCGGUGGAGGCGCAUCGAGGCAAACGGAAAGCCACUAAACUAGUCAUUGUGGUGGUUAUUGUCUUUGCCGCCUGUUGGUUGCCCAUUCAGGUGGUUUUUAUGAUCCAGAACUUUUACAAAGACAUUCCAACCAUCUCAUUUCGAUUCUUCCACAUCUUGGGAAAUAUUCUCUCCUAUGGUAACAGUUGUGUUAAUCCCAUUCUAUAUGCCUUCUUCAGUGACACAUUUCGAAUGGGAUUUGCCUCCCUAAUAUGUCUGGACAAGUCGAAAAUGCGUAAUGUCCGUCUGGAGAGCAAUGUUGGUCAAUCGGAGUUAAUGAUGAGUGAACAACCCUCCACCAAAAAGUCAGCCAUCACCUUACCGGAUGACAGCCCUGUGGUGAUUACGGCAAGCAGUGAUGGCCACAAGAAGCGAGGACCGCCAAAGGAGGUCCUCUUUGUGGAGAGCGUGUGUGUGCAUCCCCUGACCCAGUACACCUCAGACAUUGCCAACAAUCUGGUCAGCUAA